UUGUGCGGCUCAGCUAGUGGAGCGUGGGUCCUGUUGUGACAGACUCUCUCUCUCUCUCCCUCUCUCGCAAGCACAGCACUCACCGGCUGAGACACAAACCAUGUGGAGCAGAAGGAACAGAUUGCUGGCUGUCCUGCUCCUUUCGACGGCCUUCACGGUCGACCUGCUCUUCAACAUCUUGCCCAAGUUGCAGCAGCAGCAGCAGCAGCGGCGGAGGUUCGCUCCGGGCCAGUGUCCGUGCGAUCAGUUGCGGGCUCGAAGCGGAGCCCGGCCGCCAGGCUCGGCCGCGGGCAACGAUAGCAGCGCAGCCCGGGCACACUGGCAGCUCAGCUCAACUCUCUCCAAACUCCGACAACUCUUCUCGCACCCCUUCUACCGGGUGCAGUCGCUGACUCGAGGGCUCGGAGACCUCCUGUUGGACAAAGACACCGCCGUCAAAUACUACGAUCACAAGGCUAAACGGGCGAACAGGAAAAGAGGACGGUCUGGGAUUGGGACGGGUGCGUUUUACAGCUCGCAGGUUUACCUGGCUUCCAACUGGCUAAGGUUCCACUUGGCCAUCGAUCGCUACGCCUUGUACCCACGAUCUGAACCUUCUUUCGAUCCCCUGCUCGAAGAUUUGGCCGCUCUCGGCAUCAGUGAAGUUGAUUAUACAUAUGACGAAAAGGCUUUGAGGGGAAGGUGCAACUGUAAAGAAGUUGUGAAGCCAAGUGGAGUCCACCUGAAAUUGCUAUUAAAAUUUCAGAACUUUGGAAAAGCAAUCUACAAACCCAUGAGACAGAACCGAGAAGAGGAAACCCCAGAAGAUGUUUUUUACUUUGUUGACAUUCAAAGGCAUAAUGCUGAGAUUGCUGCUUUUCACUUGGACAGGAUUCUCGAUUUCCGUCGGGUUCCCCCUGUGGCUGGCAGAAGAAUUCACCUCAGUAAAGAAGUUCAAGAUCUGACCCAAAAUGAAGAUUUGAAAGGGAGCUUUUUCAUCUCGCCAGAGAACAAUGUUUGUUUCUAUUCGAAAUGUCUGUAUUCCUGUAAGACGGAGUACGCAGCGUGUGGGAGACCACAGCAGCUGGAAGGGUCUGUGUCUGCCUUCCUGCCCGACCUCUACAUCGCCCAACGAGAGCAGAUCAAGAACCCAUGGAGCAGGUCCUACACAUUUGCAGACAAAGCAGAGUGGGAAACCAAUCCAAACUACUGUCAAUUGGUCAAAAGAACUCCUCCAUACAAUGCAGGCGGUAGAUUGUUGGACAUCAUUGAUAUGGCCAUUUUUGACUUUUUAACAGGAAAUAUGGAUCGCCAUCACUUUGAGGUCUUCACAAAGUUUGGAAAGGAUGGCUAUAUCAUUCACUUCGACAAUGCCAGAGGGUUUGGGAAACACUCACACGAUGACCUCUCCAUCCUCGCCCCCCUCAUUCAGUGCUGCAGAAUAAAGAAGUCGACCCUCUUGCGCUUGGAGCUUCUGUCACAGCCGGGGUAUCAACUCAGUGAUGUAAUGCGGGAGUCCCUGCUACUUGACGUUCUCAGCCCGGUGCUGACUGAGCCUCACCUGCUCGCUCUCGACAGACGCCUGCGCUCAAUACUGAGGACAGUGUGGGAAUGCGUGCAACAGCACGGUGGAGCCGACGUGGUCACAGACGAUGUGGGAGAUGCGUUUGACGUCAUGGACUUCAAUAGCAGCGUGCUCUCCAGGUGACAGGCCACCAACGUCAAGGGAAGGGAGUUACGUAUAAAAGCAAGAACUGCGACUUGAUUGAGGAUGGAACGCCCUUGAGAAACAAACUCUCAGUUGAUGUCUUAGCAUUUGCAUUACACCUCGUGCCACUUUAAGCCUAUGCUGAAGAUAUACUAACUGGUGACUGGCCCCGUCCAGUUGCUGAGUCAUCUGAAUUUCCAGGGUUUUUUCUGCGUUAUUUCCUUUCUCGCCUCAACCAGUAGGUGGAGCCCCAGUUCAUAGGUUAAAUGUUGCGUUCUGCAGCGUCUACGAGUCCCACUGCCAGUCACGCCCAACCAGAUGGGGCAUGGACCUCCCUGCUAAACUUGGCAUAUCAGUAUCAUUGCUAGGGCACCAGCUUUAAUUCCAUCCCUGAGGCUGUAACACGUGUCCAGUUACAAAUCUAUAAACUGGAGUUGGGUGAGGAAACAUCCUAGAGAGAUGUGUAUGCUCUGAUGUUAUGAGGAUGUUGCCAGGACUCGAGGGCCGGAGCUAUAGGGAUAGGUUAAGCAGGCUUGGACUUUAUUCCUUGGAGUGCAGGAGAUUGAGGGGUGAUCUUAUAGAAGGUAUAAGAUCCUGAGAGGAAUGUGACUUUAGAGAUACAAUGUGGAAACAGGCCCUUUGGCCUACCGAGUCAGGGCCGACCAGCAAUCACCACUAUUGUACACACGAGUGACAAAUUACAAUUUUACCGAAGCCAAUUAACCUACAAACUUGUACAUCUUUUGAGUAUGGGAGGAAACAGGAGCACCCAGAGAAAACCCACGUGGUCACGGGGAGAACAUGCAAACACCGUAUGGACAGCACCCGUAGUCGGUAACGAACUGGGGUCUCUGGCGCUGAAGGCAGCAACACUAGGCAAAUCUCGGCAAAUUCAUUUCACUGCACCUUCGGGCUUGACUUUGUCUUCACCACUGCGCCACUGUACCACAAAAACUGUGUCUUAUACCCAGAGUAUGGGAAUCAAGAAUCAUAGGUUUCAGGUGAGGGAGGAAAGAUUUAAUAGGAACCUGAGUGGAAACGUUUUUACACCAAUGGUGGUAGGUAUUUGGAAUGAGCUGCCGGGGGAGGUAGUUGAGGCAGGUACUAUCACAACGUUUAAGAAACAUUUAGACAGGUACAUGGAUAGGACAGGUUUAGAGGGAUAUGGGCCAAAUGUAGGUAGAUGGGACUAUUGGAGAUGGGCCAUGUUGGUCAUCAUAUGCAAGUUGGGCUGAAGGGCCUGUUUUCAUGCUCUUUGACUCUAUGACCCUAUGACUGUGCUUUGGACAAGUUUACAGAAGAAAUUUCUCCUCAUCAAUGUCCAGAAUAGGUGAUAUUUAAUUUUGAUUUUCUGACUCCUGAUACUACAUAUCUGCUCUGACUGAAAGUGACCAAGCUCUGCUUGGAUUCUCAAUCCCAGCCAAUCUGAACUUCGACCAGAAGUCAAAACAGGGCAGGACAUAAACCAAGCACACCACAGUCCUCUCGCUCCCUAAUUAGCAGGCCACAGUUUUCCCCGAUACACAACUCUUUUUGUCUUUCCGAUUGUCAAUACCACUCUCGGCUGAAUUGUUCCGAGAGGUAGAAUAUGGUCUUGAAGAAUACUCCUCUGUUCCGCAACACCUGCACCACAAGUUGUACCCAUGCCUGAGCUCGAUAUGUAGUUAGCACCUACCCACAGGCCAAGCAUCUGUAUGCAGCCAGCAGCAGUGGGCCUGGGGAUGGGCAGGGCAGUGACUGCGGCUGAAUGAUUGAAUUGAUAGGCACCAGUGCAAGUUGGCAAUGCAUAAACCUUUCUGCUGAAUUGCCAACAUUGGACCACGGGGAGCUGAAGCAGCAAAUUUCAUGGACUCCAUCUGAAGCAUAGAAGCUUGACGUUGUUCACAGAACAUUGAACCUUUACACAGAACAUAGAAAAGAACAGCACAGGAAAUUAAAAACUCUGCACAGAGAGCACCCGUUGUCAGGAUCGAACCCGGGUCCCUGGUGCUGUAAGGCAGCAACUCUACUGCUGCACCACUGUGCCGCACCUAAAUCCAAUUGCUAAUAUUUUUACCAGAUAUCCCAAGAUUUUGUGGUAGUUUUUACCUAUUGGUGAAAAGAUAUUUCAUUUAUUUUUUAAAUAUGUCUACACUAAAUGCUUUGGAUGUGUAUUCAUAAUGAAGGAGUGGAGUGACUAUGGUUGAGAACUCACUGACACUGGUCUGCAUCUCAUUGUCAUGGCAACCAGACUUAUUUCAGUGCAGAGUUUAUGUAGGUAGAUGGGACCAACCUACACACACACAGCCAGGUCAUGACCAUUGCGACCAUAGGGUGAAAGGCAGAGGCACAAGGAACUGCAGAUGCUGGAAUCGCGAGCAAAAACACAAAGUGCCGGAGGCACUCAGCAGGUCAGGCAGCAUCUCGUUUCGGGACCCUUCCUACGGACUGGAUAAACAAGUGUUACUUUUCUCCUCAUCAGCACCAUUUGUCUUCAUCAGGUGAAAAACACUGACUAUUCACCCUGUAACAGGGAAGCUUGUAAAAUAUAAGUUAUAAUUAUAAUAUAAAAUAAUGAUUCAGCAUUUUCUGCAUUGAAAAUGUACUAUUUGUUUUUAGUGAAGAAAAUGGUCUUUAGUUUGUAGGAAGAUAUCUAUCUCUUAUGGGGGAAUUAAAAAUAAUCUUUUAUUCACUGAU